AUGCAGCUUCUACUCCCUUUACUACUCUUCCUUGUGUCCUAUGUACAAUGUUAUGGAGGCAUAGGUUUUGAUCCUCUUGGAAAGAUUUUAGAGGCUCAAAGGGCAAAGAGGUCAGCCAAUUUUGUUCCUGAAGCUUCAAAAUCUGAUUAUUCACCGGUCUAUAUCGGCCCUCAAGAUGGGUUGAAGGAAGCCAACAGGAUCACGGCCUUGCCAGGGCAGCCAAAUGGAGUGAACUUUGAUCAGUAUUCGGGAUAUGUGACUGUUGAUCCUAAGGCCGGUAGAGCACUCUUCUACUAUUUUGCUGAGUCCCAAAACUCUUCUAGCAAGCCUCUUGUGCUGUGGCUAAAUGGAGGACCUGGAUGCUCUUCAUUUGGAAAUGGUGCAAUGAGGGAGCUUGGACCAUUUCGGGUCAAUAUUGAUGCAAGAACUCUAUCCGAAAACAAAUAUGCAUGGAAUAACGUGGCCAAUGUCAUCUUCUUGGAAUCUCCUGCUGGGGUUGGAUUUUCUUACUCGAACACGACGUCAGAUUAUGUAACUGGAGAUCGACAGACUGCAGCAGAUUCGUUUACUUUUAUACUUAAUUGGUUGGAAAGAUUUCCAGAAUACAAAACGCGAGAUUUCUUCAUAGCUGGGGAGAGCUAUGCUGGGCAUUACGUGCCUCAGCUUGCUCAGCUAAUUCUGCAAAAUAACAAAAUUACCAACCAAACUGUCAUCAACUUGAAAGGAAUCGCCAUAGGUAAUGCAUUUAUAGACUAUGAAACACAAGAAGAAGGAACAUUCGAUUAUUUUUGGUCACAUGCUCUCAAUUCCGAUGAAAUUCACGAGGGAAUUACAUUGAAUUGCAAUUUUUCUUCGGAAGCAAAUCCAUCAGAUGCAUGUCAGGCCUAUUAUGAUCAAGCGUUUGCAGCCAUCGGCGAAAUCUUCAUUUAUGAAAUUUAUUCUCCCCCGACUCCAGUAUUAGUUCCAUGCUCAGAAGAUUACGUUUGCUCUUACUUGAACAUUCCUGAAGUUCAAAAAUCACUUCAUGCAAAUGUCACGGGUCUUCCAGGUCCAUGGGAGUCUUGCAACUUCGACAUAAAUGGUAAUUGGCAGGACUCGCCAGAUACGGUGUUGCCUACCAUUAAGGAGCUGAUGGCCAGUACCAUAAGUGUUUGGAUUUACAGUGGAGAUACAGAUGGUAUGGUGUCAGUGACAACAACUAGGUACGCCAUAGACAAGCUCGGAACAACAGUAAAGACUCCAUGGUACCCAUGGUACACCAAAGGCGAGGUUGGCGGGUAUGCAAUUGGAUACCAGAACUUGACGUUCGUGACCAUAAGAGGAGCAGGCCACUUUGUUCCAUUUUAUCAACCAGCUCGAGCAUUGGAAUUCUUGUCAUCGUUCUUGCAAGGAAAGCUUCCACCUACAGAUCAGAGCUAA